AUGUCUGGUUUCGGCGACUUCACCAACAUCUGCCACAUGGCGCCACUGCCAUUGUGCGCAUCUAUUGGCCCCAUCACCGAAGUCACGAGCGGUGUCGGCAUCGAGCCUGACUGCUAUGCCCGCAAUAUCGAACUGGCAAACACCAUCAUCUUCGAGGGUGCCGCUAGCGCUAUGCACAUUGUCGCCCUCCUCAUGACGGUUGUCAUGAUUCUGCAUAUUCGCGGCAAAUUCACCGCCGUCGGCCGCAAGGAAAUCCUCACCUUCUUUUAUCUUUACAUGCUUCUCACCUUCAUCUCCCUCUGCGUCGACGCAGGCGUGGUUCCGCCCGGCUCCGCGCCGUACCCUUACUUCGUAUCAGUUCAGAACGGUCUCACAUCGGCUCUGGUCACUUGCCUUUUGAUCAACGGCUUCGUCGGAUUCCAGCUUUACGAGGACGGCACGCCUCUUUCGGUCUGGCUGCUUCGCGUGUGUUGCGUUGCCGCCUUUGCCAUUUGUUUCCUGGUUUCCCUCGCGACCUUCAAGUCUUGGGCCGGCCUCGGCCCCACCAACACCAUCGGCAUGUUUGUCGUUCUCUACCUCUUGAACGCCAUCGAGCUCUUCGUCUACAUCGUCCUGCAGAUCCUUCUUGUGGUUAGAACCCUGCAAGAUCGCUGGCCCCUCGGUGACAUUGCCUUCGGCGUCUUCUUCUUCGUUGUUGGUCAGGUUAUCCUGUACGCCGUAAGCACGCAGAUUUGCACUGCUGUCAGCCAUUACCUCGACGGUCUCUUCUUCGCCACCAUCUGCAACCUCCUGGGCGUCAUGAUGGUGUACAAGUACUGGGACUCAAUCACCCGCGAAGACCUCGAAUUCUCGGUUGGUACUAGGAUGAACAACUGGGAAGUCAAGGAGCUUCUGCCCGAAGAAGAACGCCGUGCGACGGUCUACGCCGACGACCCGUAUGCCCAAGCCAGCAGCUACGACCUUUCCUACGCGCCAGCGCCGGCCCGGAACUCGGUUCGCUACUGA